GCCCCGGACCAGGGCCAGACCGCCCCGGACGAAGACCAGACCGCCGAUGAACCUGAACCCCAUCACCAGGGAGAAAGCUCAGGCCCUUUGGUGGCCUGGCUGCAUCAGACCGCAGACGGGCCCCCCAGGAAGGACCUGGCCCAGGUAGUAGGGAACCUGAAGGUCCGUGUGAAGGGAGUCAGGAAGCUGAGGGCGGAAAGAGAAAUCCUGGACCCAGGCCAGACUGCCCAGGACCCAAACCAGCUCCCCAAUGUGCCUGACAGCCCCCCCACAAAGCCCCUGGCCCAGGUCAUGGGGAACUUGAGGUUCGGGCUGAAGGGCUUCAAAAAGCUGAGGGUUAAACCAGCAUCCACCUCCCGGCUCGAUGAGGAGAAGCCUUUGGGCCAACCUUCAGGCCGGAGCCCCUUGCCUGGCCAGACCGCCCCGGACCCAAGCCAGACCGCCCCGGACCCAAGCCAGACCGCACCGGACCCAAGCCAGAUCCCAGAGGAACCUGAACCCCAACACCAGGGAGAAGGCUCAGGCCCUUUGGUGGCCUGGCUGCAUCAGACCGCAGACGGGCCCCCCAGGAAGGACCUGGCCCAGGUAGUGGGGAACCUUAAGGUCCGGGUGAAGGGGGUCAGGAAGCUGAGGGCGGAAAGAGAAACCAUGGACCCAGGCCAGACCCCCCAGGACCCAAACCAGCUCCCCAAUGUGCCUGACAGCCCCCCCACAAAGCCCCUGGCCCAGGUCAUGGGGAACCUCAGGUUCCGGGUGAAGGGCCUCAAAAAGAAGAGGGUUCAAGCACCAACCACCUCCCGGCUCGAUGAGGAGAAGCCUUUGGGCCACCCAUCAGGCCGGAGCCCCUUCCCUGGCCAGACCGCCCCGGACCAAGGCCAGACCGCCCCGGACCCAAGCCAGACCGCCCCGGACCCAAGCCAGACCGCCCCGGACCCAAGCCAGUCCGCCCCGGACCCAAGCCAGACCGCCCCGGACCCAAGCCAGAUCCCCGAGGAACCUGCAGACAGGGCCCCGACAAAGGACCUGUCGAGGAACAUGAGGGUCCGGGUGAGGGCACCAAGAAAGAAGAGGGUCAAAACUGAUACCACCGCCCUGACGGAGCAGGAGGAGGAGAAGCCUUUGGGCCGCCCUUCACGCCAGAACCCCUUUAGGCGCAUCAAGAUGGCCUGGGCCGACCCAAAGGCCGUCAUCACCACCGACGCCCCCCUGAACACCCCUGAGCAUCAGGAUGUGGUCAUCGAGGCCGAGGAGGAGGGGGAAGCCACAGCUCAGGCUGAGGGGACGGGCCUCAGGCCCCGGGUCAAUAAGUGGCUGAACCGUAGAAUGAAGGAAAUGUCCACAUUCGCGGCACGGUUCAAGUGUGGGUCAUGUGUGCACUAAGAAAAAAAAAAAAGAAAGAAAAGAAAAUAGCAUAUAAAAA